ACUGUGGGGUGUCCGGUGUGGGUAGCAGCGGUGCAGGACCCCUGUAUACUGGGAAUGGACUUUUUGAAAAACUGUGGGGCUCAGUUGGACUUAGCGUCGGGCACUUUGAGGCUGUCGGGGGGGCCCACAGUGGGAAUGUCGCCUUCGGGAGGGCCAGCAGGGGGCAGGGCUGUCCCUCCGUCUUCCUCCAAGCUUGCAGAAACUCCACCGGUCAUUCCGGCUGCUCCCUUGGUCGUUGUGCCAUCCCAGCAGCUGUCUCCGGCGGCGACGGCCUUCACUCCCCAUCAUGGUGCAAGCACAGGCAGCCCAGUAGCCCAAAACACACUGGCUCCUUCACCCCAUCAGCCCGACGGGGGGAAGGAGGAAGCUAUCGACGCCGUCGAGGCUGUGUGGCUGAAGAACUGUCAGGGUCUGGAUGAGAGACAACAGAGACAGUUAAAGCAGCUGCUGUUGGACUUUAAAGAUAGCUUCGCUUGGGGGGAAGAUGAGGUAGGACAAACGCACCUAGUUCAGCACGAAAUAGACACUGGGGACGCCCGACCCAUUAAAAUUCGGCCCCGUCGUAUUCCCCUUGCCAGGAGGGAAGCAGCAGACACAGCUAUUGUUGACAUGUUGCGGGCUGAUUUCAUUGAGCCAUCAGAUAGCCCAUGGUCCGCGCCGGUCGUCAUGGUGCCUAAGAAAGGGGGUAAACUUAGGUUUUGUGUUGACUACAGGGGCCUAAAUUCUGUCACCACUAAAGACUCUUAUCCCCUACCGAGGAUCGAUGAGUCGCUAGACCACGUGAGAGGGUCCUCGUGGUUCUCCUCCCUUGAGCUGCGCAGUGGCUACUGGCAGGUGCCCCUCUCGCCAGGGGCACGUGAAAAAACGGCCUUCUCCACAGAUAGGGGCCAUUGGCAGUUCAAGGUGCUGUGCUUCGGGCUCUGUAAUGCUCCUGCCACCUUUGAGAGGCUCAUGGACAGAGUGCUGGCGGGGGUUCCGAGAGACGAGUGUGUUGUGUACCUAGACGACAUAUUGGUGCACGGCACAUCGUUUGAGGGGGCACUGGGGGCAAUUAGGCGAGUGUUGGAGAGGAUCUCGGGGGCGGGGCUAAAAUUACAUCCGGGAAAGUGCCAUUUCAUGCAAAGGGAGGUGGCGUUCCUGGGGCAUCAGCUGGGUGGUGAGGGCAUCAGCACGAUGCCAGACAAAGUAGAGGCUGUGAGGGGGUGGCCAGUUCCAGGGGGAAAAAAAGAGGUUAAGAGCUUCCUGGGGCUGGCAUCCUACUAUCGUAGGUUUGUGAAGGGGUUUGCGGGGGUAGCGGCUCCUUUGAACCACCUUCUCAAGGAGGACACUGUUUUUCAGUGGACCGAAGAGCACCAGCGGGCGUUUGAGGCCCUCAAACGUGCCCUGAUGGAGGCCCCUGUCCUGGCCUCACCAGACCCGAACCGUCCGUUCAUCCUGGACACCGACGCAAGCAAUGAGGGUUUGGGGGCUGUGCUGGCUCAGCGUGGUCCUGAUGGGGAACACGUAGUAGCUUAUUACAGCAGAACUUUUGAUAAGGCUGAAAAACGCUACUGCGUGACAAGGAGAGAGCUUUUGGCUGUCGUGGCAGCAGUACGCCAUUUCAAGUACUACCUGGGGGGCCUGCCGUUUGUGGUCCGGACGGAUCACUCCGCCCUGCAGUGGCUUCUCUCCUUCAAGGAGCCAGAGGGUCAGAUUGCCCGCUGGCUGGAGGAGCUGCAACCCUACGACUUCCAGGUGGAGCACAGAGCCGGCCUUCGCCACAGCAAUGCAGACGCCUUGUCCCGCCGCCCGUGUGCUGAGGAUGGCUGUGGGUACUGCGCCAAACGGGUGGAGCGAGAGAGAGAACUGUGCAGGGAGGAGGGAGUCACCGCCACGGUGAGUCAGCUGAGUGUGACAGAGUGCCGGGAGCUUGAGGCUGUGGACGUUGGGGAGUGGAGGCGUCGCCAGGAGGAGGACGCAGAGCUGCGUCCUGUGCUGCGGUGGGUGGAAGAGAGAAGACGACCGCCGUGGGGGGAAGUAGCCCCUCUAUCACCAGUCACCAAAGGACUGUGGGCUAAAUUCACAGUCCUUAGAGUGGCUGAGGGAGUGCUCCAGAGGGGGUGGAAAAAGCCAGCGACUGGAGAGAUUACGUGGCAGGUAGUGGUGCCCAAAAGGCUGCAGGGGAGCGUGUUACAGCAGCUUCAUGGGGGAGUAGGCGCAGGGCAUUUUGGGGUCUCCAAAACGUUAAAGCGCGUGCGUAAAGGCUUCUAUUGGGCCAGGCACAGGAGGGAUGUUGAGGACUUUUGUAGGCAGUGCGACGAAAAAAGGACCUCCAGGUCGGCUGUUCAAGAAUCGACUGCGUGCUCCCCAGCACUACUGUUAGGUCGUGAGUUGCGCACCCCAGCCGAACUGACGUUUGGCCACCCUCCUGAUAAUGACGACAGGGUUUUGCCUGGCCCGAACUAUGUGUGUCGUCUGCAGAACCGGUUAGAAGCGGCUCACACCUUCGCAAGAGAGCAACUCGAGAACGCAGGGGUGCGCCAAAAGCGCCACUACGACUCGCGCGCUAGGGGGAGGCACUUUGGAGCGGGAGAAUGUGUGUGGCUUCACAACCCCACGCGCAAGAAGGGGCGGUGCCCAAAGCUGGACAGUGCAUGGGUGGGGCCGUGUCUGGUGAUAGAGAGAGUGGGGGAGGUGACGUACCGGGUGGAGGUCCCCCCACGGAGCAGGAAGGUGGUGGUCCACCGGGAUCGAUUGGCACCCUACAGAGGGAGGAAAACGGUAGGGAAUGGGAGUGAGGUCUCAGAUGUGAGCCCACUGGAACAGUCUAACGAGGAGACUCUAGCGCAACCUGAGCCUGGGGAGGGGGCUGCUUCUUCGGAGGGCGCUGGAAAUGACAUUGGGGCAGAGGAGUGUUCUGGGGGUUCACCGGUGAGAGUCACGGGGAGGCCCAAGAGACUGAUUCGACCUCCGGGUCGUUUUAAGGAUUUUGUUGUGUAA